CCAAGCAGAAUACAACCACUCAAAUAACAUACGAGGUAGAUUCCUUUGUAUUUUGACCUAUAUAUGAGUUCUGUAAAUCUAUGCUUUACAGAACAAGACGUGCGUGAAAUUGUGAUCUUUAUUUAGUUCUGUAGAUUCUUGUUUCAGAUCUGACUUGAAGUUUAAGAAUUACUUUCCUGGAUAUUAUUUAUUUUGUUUGGAAAUUAUAAAGAGUUGCAUAUACAUCAGAUUGGUGGUAGUGGGUGAGAAGACCUGGGGCGAUGAAGUGGGCUUUGGGGUCCAGGGCAAGGAGCCGCCAUCGCUCGGUGGUGGCGGUUGGAGAGGAGCCGCCUGGUGGGAGUCAACUUAGCGGUGAAGGGUUGAGACAGAGCUGCUGGGCUAACCUGCCUGUAGAGCUUUGGAGAGAGGUGUUGAUUAGGAUGGAGGAGUCGGAAGCUAAGUGGCCGUCGAGGAAGAGCGUGGUGGCAUGUGCUGGUGUGUGCCGCAGUUGGAGGGCGAUCAUAAAGGCGGCCGUCCAAACCCCUCAAGCUUCUGGCAAAAUGACCUUCCCAAUUUCAGUCAAGCAGCCUGGCCCAAGGGGCUCUCUCAUGCAAUGCUUUAUAAAGCGGAACAAGUUUAAACAAACAUAUCAUCUGUACCUUAGUUUGACUCAAGCAUUGGCUAAUGAUGAUGGAAAGCUUCUGCUUGCUGCUCGAAAGUUUAGGAGGGCCACCUGCACUGACUACAUUAUAUCGCUGCAUGCAGAUGAUAUCUCACAGGGCCUUGGAGGUUAUAUAGGGAAAUUGAGGUCAAAUUUUGCGGGAACCAAGUUCAUAGUGUAUGAUGGUUCUUCACAUCCGCACCAUGGAGACAAAGUGGGAGAAAGUAGAUCCACUAGGGUUGUGGCCAUGAAGCAAGUUGUGUCUGGGGUACCUGUAGAAAACCAUGAAGUAGCACACAUUUCGUAUGAGUUGAAUGUGCUUGGAGCCAGGGGUCCAAGAAGAAUGCAUUGUGUUAUGGAUAGCAUUCCAGCAUCUGCCAUUAAACCUGGGGGUGUGGCCCCAACUCAGACGGAUUUUCCAAUUGAAAAUGAUAAUCAUUCCUUUUCAGCAACAUCUUUUUCCAGACCAAUGGCAACUGCUAUGGAGAAAUCUUUAUCUGGACCCUUGGAGCUGGAGAGGCAAACAGAUCAGCCACUAGUUUUGAGAAACAAGAACCCGAGAUGGCACGAGCAACUGCAAUGCUGGUGUUUGAACUUUCAUGGGCGAGUAACAGUUGCUUCUGUUAAAAAUUUCCAGUUGGUGGCAGCUUCCCCGGAGAACGGUGCCCCGCCACAUGAGAAGGUCAUUCUGCAGUUUGGGAAAGUAGCCAAGGAUGUGUACACAAUGGAUUUCCGCUACCCAUUGUCCGCAUUCCUGGCGUUCGCCAUCUGUCUCAGCAGCUUUGAUACAAAGAUUGCUUGUCAGUAACUUAGGACGCAAGGUUUGAUAGCCAAGCAUGCCCCUUUGAACAAUAAAUGUAUAUGCUUAAUAGGAGAGGAGGGGAGUAUGUCAAAAUUUUGAACUUGGUGUUAUUACUUGUAGCCAGCGAAACUUGAGGAGCUGUGGGGAUCGCACAUGACUUCUCUGUUUGACAAUUAAAUUAGUUUGACUAUUAAAUUAGUUGCAUUUGACGUAUCAUUAUCAUCCAUUUUGAGGAAGUACUUGUUCGGUUGUUUCACAUCCUUUUCCCAAUUGGUAGUGACCUGCCAUAAUAAGUGUUGGAUCACAGAGUAAAGAAGAACGCAAGUGUAAACAGUGGUGGAGGCAGGAUCUAGGAUCAAUGGUAUCAAUUGAGAAAAUAAUUAUUACUACGUAUAUCAAAAUGUGUGAA